AUGGAUUGGCCCAAGCUCGCGCCGGGAGGCGCUGGCGCUAGGCACGAAACCUGCACUCGCGAUGCCUGCGCGCGUAACAACAUCGACGAGGCGACGUACGUCCAGGCACACUGUUGUAGCGAGCCGGCGCUCUGCACCAAGCUCACGCUGGACCUCGAAGCCGUCAAGGGGGCCUGGGGGUCGGAUCAGAUUCCGAUCGCCUCCCUCCAACACAAGAGCAACCUUGCCGACGACGAACUCAUUCUCGUCGUCAGCUCGAGCGCCCUGCAGUCUCCUGGGAGCUACGUUGCCGCCUCUCACGUCUGGGCUGACGGGCUGGGCGGCGCCACGGAGAAAGGGUUGAACUUCUGCCAGGCCCAAAGGCUCGAUCGACUCUGCCGGGCCGUCUGCGAGGCCACAGGAAGCAGCAGUAGUGGCGGCAUUGCUGCAGAAGACCCUGUGUGGUUCUGGCUCGACGCGGCAUGCAUCCCGCGGCCCGAGACGAUCGGGAGAGAGCUGUACUAUAAGGCCCUCGACGGCAUAAGGCACGUCUACAGCAACGCCCAGGCCGUCAUCGUGGUCGACGAGACGGUCGGCAGGAGCACGACCUCGACCCCCACCGAGCUGCUCUACGCACGCAUCUACCUCUCGUCGUGGAUGCAGCGCAUGUGGGCGUACGAGGAGGCUGUGCUCGCGCGCGAGCUCGUCUUCGCCCUCGGCGACGGCGGCCUCUUCGUCUUCAGGGUCCAGUCGACGCCGCCCGCCUCGCCCAUGACCGCCGCGGUCGUGUGGCGGAGCCUCGGCGCCCAGGUGCACCGACCCCGCGUCGGGGGCCUAGGAGGCGGCGCCCAGCUCGACGUGGGCCACGUCGCGCGCGCGUUCCGCUUCCGCCUCACCAACGUGCCGGGAGAGGAGUUCCUCUCCGUCUCGGGCAUGCUCGGCCUCGACACGCGGCGGCUGAUGAGGGCGUCACCAGGGACGACGCGCGGGCCCGCGAGUUCUGGCUGAUGCUGGGGGACCGCGUGCCGGCCAACACCCUCUUCGUCGACGCGCCCCGGCUCGCCACUGCCGCGCCGCCCGGCUUCCGAUGGGCGCCCCGCACCCUGAUGCACCCGUCCGCGGCCGGUCCCAAGAUCGGCUCC